CAAAACAACCUCCUCGCAACCGAGUGGUUAUGGCCCAACCGAGUGUUCCGCCGUUGAUAAAUCCCAUCACCGUCAUCAGCCCUCAGUUUCUCGCCCCUUAUCCCGUGGAUCUCCAAGUCGUCAGAAAAGUCCUGAGUGAUAUCUUAACCGAGGGCAACUUCGCCGUUACGGACAUCAAUGGCAACAUCAUGUUCCAAGUCAAAGGCAAAUUUCUCAGCAUCCGUGAUCGCCGCGUUAUGCUUGAUGCGGCCGGCACUCCCAUCGUCACUCUCCGACCCAAGCUAAUGACUGUACACGAUCGAUGGGAAGCGUUUAGAGGGGAAAGCACUGAGGAGAAAGAUCUAUUGUUCAGGGUGAAGCGAUCGUCGCUGAUCCAGCUAAAGACGAAACUGCAUGUGUUCUUGGCGAACAACACCAAGGAGGAAGUGUGUGAUUUCAGGGUGGAAGGAAGUUGGCUGGAGAGAUCCUGCAUUAUUUAUGCAGGAGAGUCCAACACAAUUAUUGCCCAGAUGCACAAGAAACACAGUAUUCAAAGUGUGGUGCUUGGAAAGGGCAAGUUCAUGGUGACGGUGUAUCCCAAUGUGGAUUAUGCGUUCAUUGUGGCCUUAGUCGUCAUCCUUGACGGGAUCAAUAAUGAGGACAAGGAAGAUGAAUAAUUAACUUAAUCAUCAUGUUUGAGCUGUUCUAAGUAUCCAUGGAAUAAGAAGCAUUAUGCUGAUUCUGGCUCUACUAUGAGUAUAUGAGUGUCUUUGAACUGCUUAAGGCUUUCCUGGAAUAUAUUCGUGAGAUGUUUAUGUCUAUUUUCGCUUGUCUUCUAAGAGCGUUGUUUUGAGUGAUGAUAAAUUUGGUCCCUCAACUAUAGUGGUUUGCACAUUUUUGGUCCCUUAACAAUUUUUUGCACUUUUUUGAUCCCUCAACGAUACGAAAUGCACUCCGUUAGUCCUUCUGUUAAUUUCGAUCGUUAACUCGCUUAUGUGGCAUUUUUUAUUAUUUUUUUGAUGACGUGGCAAAAACAAACUAAAAACAUGUUA